AUGGCAUCUAUCGCGGCGUCCCUGGCAUCGGCCCUCCCGAAACCCAAAUACUCCGGCGAAGAUGAAGAGCCCCCCGCGCGCGCUCAGCAACGCGGCCCCCGCAUCGUGGGCGCCGGCCAGCUCGACGAGACGCAGAUCGUGCUGAAGAGAUCCGGUCCUCCUCCGUACGGCCAACGCGCAGGAUGGCGACCGCGAGGCCCCGAAGACUUUGGCGACGGUGGCGCGUUCCCCGAAAUCCCGAUCGCGCAGUACCCGCAGGAUAUGGGAAAGAAAGGGGCGUCUUCCAGCAACGCGCUGGCGAUCCAGGUCGACGCGGAGGGAAAGCUCGAUUACGGCGCCAUCUCGCGUCAAGGCCACAGCGAGAACCGAAUCGUGCACACCUCGUUCAAGGACCUCAUUCCUCUCCGUCAGCGAGCCGACGCUGGCGAGAUCGAUCUGAGCCGACCGAGUCAAGAGGAGGUAGCUGCGACGGCCGAAAAAACAAAGAAUGCAUUGGCAGCGUUGGUGAGCGGCGCUGUGGCUGCGCAGAAGCCCAAGAACGUCAACGUCGGGAACCGCGCAGACCCGACCUUUGUGCGAUACACCCCGGCGAACCAGAUGGGCGACAACUCUAAGAAGCAAGAUCGCAUCAUGAAGAUCGUGGAGAGGCAAAGAGACCCGAUGGAACCGCCCAAGUUCAAGCACAAGAAGAUUCCCCGCGGGCCGCCGAGUCCUCCGCCUCCAGUUCUGAGGUCGCCACCACGAAAGCUGACGGCCAAGGACCAGGAGGAUUGGCGCAUCCCACCACCAGUCUCCAACUGGAAGAACCCCAAGGGUUUCACGGUUCCGCUGGACAAGAGAUUGGCUGCCGAUGGGCGUGGUCUCCAAGACGUGGCAAUCAACGACAAGUUCGCUCAGUUCUCCGAAGCUCUAUACGUUGCCGACAGACACGCCCGCGAGGAAGUCAGACAGCGCGCGGCAAUGCAGCAGAGACUGGCGGAGAAGGAAAAGGCGCAGAAAGAGGAGAACCUCAGGAUGCUUGCGCAGAAGGCUCGCGAGGAGCGCGCGGGGGCUGGUCGACGCGACUCGAGAUCAAGGUCACGCUCGCGCAGCUACAGCGGCUCUGACUCGGAAGACUCCGACGGUUCGGAAGACUCAGAGGUGCGGGAGCGAGAGAGAGCCAGAAAGGAAAGGAUGCGCGAGGAGGAGAGGAAGCUACGUCAGUCACGCAUGGGAGCUGAGAGGAGGGUCCAAGUCAUGGCGAGGGAGCAGAACCGGGAUAUCUCGGAGAAGAUCGCGCUCGGCCUCGCGAAACCGACACAGUCCAAGGAGACAAUGUACGACUCGAGACUUUUCAACCAGUCGAGCGGCUUCGACAGCGGGUUCAACGAGGACAACCCGUACGACAAGCCGCUCUUUGCUGCGCAAGAGGUCAUCAACAACAUUUAUCGUCCACGCGCCAACAUGGACGAGGAAGAGGACGAGGCUGCUGGCGAUAAGGAGAUGGCCAAGAUUCAGAAGUCGAGUCGCUUCGGUGAGGCGUUGGGCAGGGGAACGUUCAAGGGCACAGAAGAUGUCGAGGAGAGGGAGGGGCCAGUACAGUUCGAGAAGGACGCAGGAGAUCCCUUCAACGUGGACAAGUUUUUGUCCGAGGUGGAGCAAAGUUCGUCGUCGAAGAGAGGAUACGGACUUCAGGAGGAAGAUUCCCGGCAACCAAAGCGGGCCCGAGUAGAGGAAGACGACGACUAG